AUGCAAGAAUCCCUUUCACCUCUGUUAUUGCAAAUUCAAGACUUUUAUCUCAAUUUCAAUGUCAAGCAAGUGGAUUGGGUACUUCGAUGGGAAUAUCCAUUGAUAGCCUCAGUUGCUUAUCUUAUUCUUUCAUAUGGAUUAAAGAGUGUGUUUGGAACUGAGAAACCCAAUACCGACAAAACUGCCAAUAACAAUGCCGAUAAGAAGAGCAAGGACGGAUUACUCAUGUACUUUUUCACUCAAUUGCACAACGUGAAUUUAAUAGUGUUGUCCUUCUCCAUGUUGUGUGGUAUUGUUUACGAGAUUGCUCAAAGAAGUGUGCAUUUGGGAAUUUUCCGAGGAUCCAUUUGCCCACUCGACUCGGCAACCAACCUAGACGACCAUCCUGUGGUAUCGGGACCUGUGGCUUUCUGGAUUUUUAUCUAUCACUUGUCUAAAUAUUAUGAAUUGGUUGAUACCAUGUUAAUUGUUUUCAAAAGAAAACCAUUGAUUUUACUUCACGUGUAUCAUCACUUGAUUAUGAUUUGGAUUACAUGGUCAUGGAUGAGGGACCCAUGGCUUGUUGGUUCAUGGUGGUGUGUUAUGGUCAAUUCCAUCAUCCACACAAUCAUGUAUUACUACUACUUGAGAUCAGCUCAAGGAUACACUCUCAAAUGGAAGACCAUUCUUACUGCUGGACAAAUUAUUCAAUUAUUCUCUGGUUUCUUCCUGGUUACUUAUUGGUUCUUUAUCAGAGUGGAGAAUGAAUGCACUAGAGGAUUCUAUUCUGGAGUUUUCUCUCACGUUGUCAACGGUACUUUAAUUUUGCAAUUUAUUUACUUUUAUUAUCGUUCAUAUCUUGCACCAAAGAAGGAAAAGUCAAAUUGA